UCAGAGCAUCUCCAUUUUCGGGACGAAACGCAAACAACAGAUUUCAGAUUUCUCUCUCAACAUCACCCAAAUCAAGCAUGCACGAGCCAUCAAAGCGAAAACUCACUGGAUCUCCGGAGAACGACUUUUCCCAGUCUCCACUUUCACCACCUCGCCUUACCCAAGAGCAAGAAUUCGCCGUCAUGGUCACAGCCCUGAAAAAUGUUGUCUCCGGUUGCGUCACCACCAACAGUACAGCGGCAUUAACGGAUUUCUCGCAGGAGUUGUUUCGCCUUCAGUUCUCUACCACUGUUGCUACUUCAUCACAGUUCGCUGCUAGUUCUUCCGCUACUGUUACAGCUGGUUUUUGUAACCCAAUACUGCCACCGUCGGAUCUUGACAUGUGCAAUGUUUGCAAGAUCAAAGGAUGUCUAGGAUGCAAUUUUUUCCCGCCAAAUCAAGAAGAAAAGAAGGGGACACGAAAAAGAGUGAAGAAAAAUUACAGAGGAGUAAGACAGAGGCCGUGGGGUAAAUGGGCAGCAGAAAUCAGGGAUCCGCGGAGGGCGAUGCGGGUUUGGCUAGGGACAUUUAACACAGCGGAGGAGGCGGCAAGAGCCUAUGAUAAGGCGGCGAUAGAUUUUCGAGGGCCAAGAGCAAAGCUCAAUUUUCCAUUUCCAGACAACGUUUGUAAUAGCAACAAUUCAGAAGAGCAAAGCACUCAAGAGCAAGAGCAACAACCGAAGGAAAAUGGGAAAAGAAGUGAACUUGAAUUAGAAAUGGAAAUGGGAAAGGGGAAGGAAAGUGAAUUCUGGGAAAAGAUUGGAGAAGAUGAAAUUCAAGAAUGGAUGACGAUGAUGGAUUUUUGUGGAAAUUCUUCAGAUUCUGGUGGUACUGCUACUACUAUAGGCAAAUAAUUAAUUGUAAAUUUCAAUUUUUUAAAAAAUUUUGUCUUAAUGAUUCUUACAUCUUUUUCCUGAGAGAAUCAUUAUCAAUGAUUUUAGAAUGCCAGGUUUAUAAUUCCUUUUGACGAAGUGUAUAAUAAUGAAGUAGUUACUAAUUAUAAAUUUUCAACAGAGAAAGUGCAUACUGAUAUAUUAUCUUUUGAGAUUUCAGAUUA